CUAGAAGCAGAGUUGUGCUUAUUCUAGUUACUACUGCUCUCAAAUUGCUUUCCAAUCAAUUUUAAGAAUUACUUGAUUGCUGUCUUGGUAUUCUAAAGUAUUGUUGAAGGAAUGUAGUUUGUUAGAGUUGCUGGAAAAAAUUUAUCAAUCGGCGACGUAAUGUUGACCACGACCGAUCACCACUUUACUGUUCCUCCCCGGAUGAAAAUUAUCAUAUGAUCCACAUGCAACUGCUACAAUUUAUUGAAAAGAGUGUGGGUGAUCACGUAUAUCUUGUAGGAGAAGAACUGAUUGAAGCAACGGGUCCUGAUGUCUUUCCUCAUACAUUCCAAAUUCGAAUAACUGUAAACACGGAUCAAGGUUUGCCUCUUCAUUUCAAUUUAUUUGUGAAAAUACUAAUAGCAGAUCAGUGCGACUUAGCGCAGAGAGAGCGUGCUUAUAUGAGGUUAGAUGUUCUGAUUAAUCUGAAAAAAGAAAUUCAAAUGUAUUCAGAAGUUAUACCGAAAAUUGCGAAAUUUCAAAAGCUAAGGAUGAUUAACACAGAUUGUCGUGUUUCAAAUUUAUUUGAAAAAUGUUUUGGAACCAGAAUAAGUAUCGAGCCACGACUUCCAAAACUGCCCGAUUACUCUAGUGCGAUACUUCUUUCCAACCCACACGAAAAAUAUACAUUUCAAGCAUGUGAAACUGAAGGAAGCAGAAAUAACGGCUUUACAUAUGACACUACCAUACUGAUUCUACGGGACAUGGCUUAUUUCCAUGCAGGUACACUAGCAAUGCGUCUUAAAAAAAAAGCUCUAUUCCUACGAACAAUUGUUCCGAUCUUAAAUUUGGAAGUGAAAGAGUAUGAGCAAGCGCCCCCUGUUGAAAUGCUUUUCAAAGAAUUGAUUAGCUACGGGUUAAGAGAUCUCCAAUUGUCAGAUGAUCAAAGAGUGGCCAUUCGAGAUUCCCUCCAGCUUUCUAGAUUAUAUAAUCGAUUUGUCAGAGAAGAAACAGAUCAAACUUGGUACGCAUUAAGCUAUUCCCGAUACAGCAUGUCCUAUAUAAUGACAAAACAAACAUGGGAAGAUGCAACGAACCCAAGCAAACUGAUCGAUUUACAUAGAGUCGGUUUUGAUCACUGUUGUAAGGAUUUGGCAAAUUUUAUAUUUACGAGCGUAAGACCUGAGAGCUUCAAUGGGCAAUGGAGUUUCUCAAAUUUGUUGCACGAAUAUUUAUAUGAAUUUUUACGUACUUUACGAUGGCAUAGAGUCCCCAUGGGACAAUACACUUGGGACAAUUUUAGAGCAGAAUUUCACGCCGUCGGUGCGAAAAUGUUGGCUGAUAUUUUUAUGAAUAUUAGAACUAGUUUUUGCAGAAACUACAAGGGGAAUGAGGAUCCAAUAUUAAGCAACGAAUAUCGCAAAAGAAUUACAGCUGCUUUAAAUACUAUGACAAUAUUUCAAUGGAUAAAAGUUUUCGACUCGAAUUCUGCCAACGGUUCGCCCGAUAGCGAUUUAAUAGUAUUUGACUAAUUACGUUAUUUAUGUACAUUUAUGUAAGUACGUUUUAGAAAAUGUGUUGGUAUCACUUUAUAAUAGUACGGUAUUUCAUAUCUAAUAGAUGUAACUCUUCCCAAAGGAAGCUCAAUUUUACUUUAUUAAACCAUGUUUAAAUAGGAUCAAUCUCCAGUGUCAUGAAAUUUUCUGUGAAUGUAUUGGUGUAUAAAUGUCUGAUUUUCUUAGAGUCAAAUCAAUAUAUAUAAGCCAAGAAUUAGCAUGCUUUUCUUACAAUUUACACGAAAGACUUUGCUUUAUUGCUAUUAUUACUAGUUUGAGCACUUUUCCACUAUAUAAAAAAACAAAUUAAAUGAAUAUUAUUCAUUUUCGCCAGUGUUAAAAUGGAAACACAAUAAAUGAACAAGCAAUAUCUAAGAAGUUUUUUUCAUUUCUUAUUAGAUUUGAAACUGGUUAGAUGGAAAAAUGUCAACUAAACUUUAAGAGAACCACAUGCAAUUCAAAAAUUACAUGUAUUGAAUUUGAAGAAACUAGUAUUACUCUAAGACGCUUAAAAUGUUUACAAUUAAUAUAUACUGUGACAAAUUUAUAAUAUUUCGUCAUACAGAUAAUGUGCCAUUUAAAUUCAUUGUUUAAAAUGAAUAUAUACAUUACAUCAA